CUAAGCAAGACCUGCGGGGGCCCCAUCCUCCCCGCACCCACAGCGGGGGUUCUGCAGGGCUUUAGUCCCUACCGGGGCAGCAGCGAUGCCUGGCGGAGUCUGGGCGCUGGCGCUGGCCCUGAUGCUCCUUGACGCGGGGAAUGGUCGGCCAGCUCAGGAGUGCUCUCCAGGGGGACACCAGUUACUUCAGAGCCCUCACAGAAGUGUCCAUUUUGACUCAUUGUUCCUCCAGCAGUCAGCCCCUCAAGACCUGAUAUGUGACCAUUCCCUUGCUGCUGGAUGGUAUCGAUUUGUCAUCUUUGAAAGACCUGCUGAGAUGCCAACCAAAUGUGUCGAGAUGAACCACUGUGGAACACAGGCUCCCAUCUGGCUGUCUCUGAGAGAUUCAGAAACAAUGCCUGCACCCGGGGAGCUCAAGCAACUGACUGCUUGUGCCACGUGGCAGUUUUUGCUGAGCGCUACUAAAGACUGCUGUCUUUUUCACAUCCCAGUGUCUGUAAGAAACUGUGGACAAUUUUUUGUGUACUUACUACAACCCACUCAGGGGUGUAUGGGAUAUUGUGCAGAAGCUAUUUCUGAUGCAAAAUUAAACCCAUGCGGCCCUGACGAAAUCGAAAUUGAAGGUGACUGUAUUCGUCAGCUGUCUGCCUCAUUGCCACCACCACCUCCAGGAAGACCCCAGAUUGUGGUGGAGCUGAUUGAGUCCAGGGUUUUCUGUAGGUGUGCUUUUGAUGUUUCCCCUACGAACAACUCCGUGGGAUUUAUUAUAGCUUGGUCUAGGCUUUCUUCUCAAGACGUCAAAGAGGAACUGAAGCAAGAGACCACCAUUCAGGCAUUCUCUCUUUUAGAACUGGAUGGCAUAAAUCUUAGACUUGGAGAUAGGAUAUUCUGUACGGCUUCUAUCUUUUUCUUGGAGAAACCACAAGUAAAAAGUUUAGCUACCGAAAGUCAAGAAUUUUUUGCAGGCAUUAAGUUACAACCCGAAUUGAGUACUAUAUCAGAAGAUGGAAAAGAAUACCAGUUGAGGAUAGAGAGCACAAUUCCUGUCGUUUGUCCUGAAUUCAGUGAGCUUGAUCAGGAAUGUAAAAUCUCAUUAAAACUGAAAACUGUUGAUCAAGGUAAAGACCUGCCAGGUUUAAAUUUGGCACUGUCUUCCUGUCACGUGGACCUUCGCCAGACGUCGUCCUGUGCUAAUGGAACCUGUAGCCAUGCUCUUGUUUACUACACUGCUGUAACUGAUUUUUCCCACGAUGGAAAUAGAGUCACAGACAUUAUAGUGGAACCUAUAGUUAACGAGGAUUUCCUGUGGAACAGCUACACUCCAGACAGCAUCCAGGUCAGAGUAAAGGAUGUCCCAACUGCUUACUGCUAUUCAUUUACUGACCCACAUAUAAUUACAUUUGAUGGCAGGGUAUAUGAUAAUUUCAAGACUGGAACGUUUGUGCUUUAUAAGAGUAUGUCACGUGAUUUUGAAGUCCAUGUACGUCAAUGGGACUGUGGAAGCCUUCACUAUCCUGUGUCAUGUAACUGCGGGUUUGUUGCCAAAGAAGAAGGUGAUGUAGUUACUUUCGAUAUGUGCGGUGGUCAGCUACCUGAAUCACAACCGUAUUUAUUUCUAAAGAGACAACAUGAAACCAGCAAUAUCAAGAUAAGUGAAUCUUAUUCAGGAAGAAAAGUCACCAUCUGGUUUUCUUCUGGAGCAUUUAUCCGUGCCGAUCUUAGUGAAUGGGGCAUGAGUCUAACUAUCAGAGCCCCUAGUGUAGAUUACAAAAACACUUUGGGACUUUGUGGCACCUUUGAUGAAAACCCUGAAAAUGAUUUCCAUGACAAAAAUGGGAUCAAAAUUGAUCAAACUUUUAAUAAUUGUUUUGCUUUUAUUAAUGAAUGGAGGAUUUUGCCAGGAAAAAGCAUGUUCGACACAAUGCCAAUAUCUCUACCAUCACCUGGAAAACUACCCUAUUGUAGCUGCUCCUUGGACACCACUUCACUGUACCCGUCUCCUAAUCAGGCCCGUGUUUCUCAAGCAGACAUUGCUUCCGACUGCAAAGUCCUCACACGUGUCAAAUUCUCUUCCUUGAUACCAGAACUGGAUGUCACUUCUAAAUAUAUUAAUUCAGAAGCUCUUGUCAGAGAGAUAAACAAGCAUACCUCUCGAGAAGAAAAUAAUUCAAAUUUCUUUCCUCAAGACAAAAAGCAUGUGAACCUACCCAAACUGGAUUUAAAUUUACAAAAAUAUCCUAAGAAUGAGAAACAAGUUGUACCAAAAACUUUGGACAAUGGGAUACACACACGGGACCAGGAGAGACACAGUCAAGAAACAGGGCUGCAUCGACAAAACAGAUGGAAACGGCAAAACUUUUAUGAGUUUCUUCCUUUGCUUGCUUUCCAGAGUCUCAGCCAGAGUGAUGUAAAAGAGCUUCCUUAUUUUUUCCCUGAGGACCAUACUAAGGAUGUCCAGCAAGAGUUUGUCCCCACGUGGCCUACACCCUCUGGCCUCACGGAACACGGCACGUUGGAACUGUGUCAGCAGACCCUAGCCAACUCCAGCAUAGGAAGGCACUGCCUCGCCUUUCUUGGCAAGAGACUAGACAGUGUUAUAGAUAUGUGUGUUAAGGAUGUUCUCCUAAAAGAUGAUCUCAGCUGGGCAGGAGCAGGUGUGGCCCUUUUAGAAAAUGAAUGUGAAAGGAGAAUUUUGGAAGAGGGUAAAUAUAACACAGAAGAAUAUGGCAAAUCAAUUGAAGACAUUCUCUUAGUAUUAAAAUGCCCCAACUUAUGCAGUGGCAAUGGGCAGUGUAUGCAAUGGGGAUGCAUGUGUCCCCCAGGCUUUGGUUCCUAUGACUGCAGUGAUUCACGUGAGAAAGAAGAUUUUAAAGUCAAUUUGAUUCCAUUAACAGAUAUAAGUUCUCAGUCACCAUCAACAGAGCAUUUACUAACUGGUGCAAGUUUUACCCAUAGUCCGGUUACUACCAAAACCAGCAACAUCUCGUACUUCUCAUUAAAAUCAGUUACAACUCGAAUGAAUAAUUCAAAGGCAAUUUCUCAACAGAUAUCAGGUUUUAAACAUGCGGCUCAUACUCUGAAUACAAAUCUCAGUCUGGGGGAGCUAGAAGUUCCUAUGGACAAUCGUAGUUCUAUACGCAUUAACCCCAACCGCUCCCGUGAUGAAGUAAAGAACAUUACCCAGGGCACCAUCCAAACAGAGACAGGAGGAUAUAAUGAUCAAGUUAUCACGUCUGCCCAAGGUUACACACAGCACAAGGAUGGAUUUCCAGCAUCAGUUAGUAGAGCCACCACUAUUUUGCCAGAAAAGCCCGAGUCAACCAAAAUAUCAACUUGUGCAGAAUCGCCUUGCUUUCUGGGUGUUUCCUGUGUACCAACCACCGAUGGUCACUUCCGAUGUGGACGCUGCCCCCUGGGAUAUUAUGGAGAUGGUAUCAAUUGCAGAGCCAUUUGUAGACACCCAUGUGGAAAAGGGAGGGAGUGUGUUGCCCCAAACAUAUGUAAAUGUAAACCUGGUUACACUGGUUCUAACUGCCAAACUGCUAUCUGUCAUCCUGAUUGCAAAAACCAUGGAAAAUGUAUUAGACCUAACGUUUGUGAAUGUACCCCAGGGUUUGGUGGAGCAACUUGUGAAGAAGAAUAUUGUAGCCCACCUUGUCAACAUGGCGGCACCUGCUUGGCUGGAAACCUCUGUACUUGUCCUUAUGGUUUUGUGGGACCAAGGUGCAAAACAAUGGUUUGUAACAAGCACUGUGAAAAUGGAGGUGAAUGCCUUACACCAGAUGUUUGCCAGUGCAAGCCUGGCUGGUAUGGACCCACCUGCAGUACAGCUUUGUGUGACCCUGUUUGCCUCAAUGGUGGUUCCUGUAAUAAGCCAAACACUUGCCGCUGUCCAAAUGGAUUCUUUGGUGCACAGUGUCAGAAUGCUAUCUGUCACCCUCCCUGUAAGAAUGGUGGCCACUGCGUGAGAAAUAAUGUGUGCACCUGUCGUGAAGGAUACACUGGCAGGAGAUGCCAAAAAAGUGUCUGUGAUCCCAUGUGCGGGAAUGGAGGAAAAUGUGUGGGACCAAACAUGUGCUCUUGUCCUUCUGGUUGGAGAGGGAAACACUGCAGCACACCUAUCUGCGUUCAGAAAUGUAAAAAUGGUGGUGAAUGCAUUGCUCCCAGUAUAUGCCAUUGUCCUGCCACCUGGGAAGGAAUGCAGUGUCAAAUACCAAGACUCUGAGACCCGAGAAUCGAGAGCUUCUUCGUGCCCGGGGGACUGCACCCGGGGGCCCAGCGGCCGUCACCAUG